CUUCCUGUUCCCCUCCCAGCCUCCUCGUUCACUUGAAUACUAUGGCUCGAUCAGGCUAUCAGGUGACCCAGAACGUCGACAACUUCCUGCGGGACAAGCCCAGCACUCGCCUGCACGCACCACCAGGAGGAGGUUCUUCAGUGGGGUCUUUGAUCUUUGGCGGCGGUGAUGGCUCAAGUCCAUUCGCUGGUCACGAACGACAGUCAGUCCGUCGAAAGGUGGAAAGCCCUGAACUGACCAACCCGUACACGAAGGACAAUCGCCGCGGAGGCUACAACGAUGCCCCCAGCAACUUUAACCAACCUUCAUCUCAGCAAGCUCAGCCCGCAGCACGUGCAGGAGCUUCCUCGAACCAAUACGCUUGCGGCUCCAACCAAAACUCAGGCAAUGUGCUGACUGAUCGUCGCAUCACACGUAUCCACGCCCCUCCUGGUGGCGUGUCAUCGAUUCGCUUUGGUUAGGAUGUAACUUGUAGCUUAGCUUAUUCAAUCGUAGUACCCUGCUAUCAAUGAAAUCACCACAUAUUA